UCAUGUAUAUAUGAUAAUGACUUUCUCCAUUGUGAUCAUAUCAAUUGCAAGGAGCAGCCAACAUGUUUGUCUUUCGACUGUUUUCUUUAAGUUUAUCAGUUAUUACGACAUUGACAAGUUCUGUUGGUUCGCAGUCCGAAUCACUGCUGACAUGUUCAAAAUUUCAUUUUGAAGAAAACGUUCUGGAAAAACUUGUACGGUUUGAACAUAAAAUGGAACUAUUCGAGGAAAAGAUGAAAAUGAUGCAAAGUUCAAUGUCAUCGAAAUUGGAAAUAAUGAACAAAAUUGAAAAAGCAACGGAAACUUUAACAGAAACGAUGCUCGAUAAACAACUUCAAUUUCAAACGAGAAUUAAUGAUUCUUACCAGGAAAUUGUUGACAACUUUAAAAUGCAAUCUAACAACGAAACAAAAUUAUAUGGAGAAAAGAUGAACACUUUGUUGGAUUCUUUGUCCUUGAAUAGUCAAGAAAUCAAUGAAACUGAAAAGGAACGGGAACGAAAAAUAGAAUCAAUGCAGCGUGAUUUACACGAAGAACAGAAACGUGUUAAGAUAUCAUAUGAUGUGAUUGUGGAGAACUUCAAAAUUCACUCCAAUAAGACAUUACAGGAAUUGAUUUUACAGCAUGAGACAGAGUUUAAAGAAAUGAUGGCGAAAAGAGAGACAGUUGCUUUCUCAGCUUACCGGCCAAGUCCACAGACAUUGUCAUCCGGUGAAAAAGUGAUAUUUGAUGGAGUAUGGACAAAUGUAGGGAAUGGAUAUGAACCAAGUACUGGGGUAUUCAAGGCUCCACAUCCAGGUCUUUAUCAUAUGACUGCAGUUGUUAUGUCAUAUAGUGGAACAAGUCUUGGAUUGGACCUUUAUCACAACAAUUUGGAGAUAACAAGAAGUUAUCUUAGUGGCGAUGGCUAUAAGACAGGAAUAUUUGAUGUUGUACUUAAUCUUCAGAAGGGAGACAAGGUACAUAUUGAGAGUUCUGGAACUUAUACAAUCUAUAGUAACCAUCACAAGUUCAUAACAUAUUCUGGAUAUAGGAUCACAUAGACUAAGAAUGGAAUGGCGCAAAUCUCGUUUCUUUUGCAGCUUCUUAUUUAAAGUCAUAUGAAACGAGUUCCUCAAAAUUUUAAUGUUAUCGAAAUUAUUGAACCAAUGCAUGCAUAUAUACUAAACUAAGUUUUGCAUGCACGUUUUUAUAGAUAUAAGAAGAUGUGGUAUGAGUGCCAAUGAGACAACUCUCCAUCCAAGUCAAAAUUUAAAAAAGUAAACCAUUGUAGAUCAAAGUACGGUCUUCAACACGGAGCCUUGGCUCACACCGAACAGUAAGCUAUAAAGGGCUCCAAAAAUUACUAGUGUAAAACCAUUCAAACGGGAAAACCAACGGUCUAAUCUAUAUAAAAAACGAGAAACGAGAAACACUUAUGAACCACAUCAACAAACGACAACUAUAUCUAUUAAACAUCUAUAACAUAGUAUCGACAGAUAAUGUUUCAUUCAGUGGUUGUUAAUCACAAGCUAGUUAACUUUCGAGUUUGUUGUCGAGGUUUACAGGAUCGUGCCAUUGAUAAUCAAUAAAAACAAAGGACGUGGAAAGCGUGACAGAGAAGUGAAUUUAAAGAGCCAUGACAUGUGUUCUUAUAUUUUCUAUGCGUUCCUAUUUGUUCAUUAAACUAUUCCUUAACAGUUGUUAAAUGAUUUGCUGUAUUAAAUUUGUUCUUUAAGAAUCUGUUAUUUAUAUUUACCUUCAAGGGCACGUGUGCUUACAUUCUUUCAUCACGGUUUUCCCCUCGCACUUGCGCUGUGGAUUUGCUGAAGUUAUAACGAGAGGUAUCGUAGUUAAGGUCACUGCAUACGGAAUAAUAUCGGCGAAUUAUUGUCUGGGAAGUCAA